AUGUUGUUGGCGAUCUAUUUGAUAUUCUUCGUGCCCUUGGCGGUAUUCGCUCAGGAUGGCGGUAUUUUCAUGCAAACGACGAGCGUAGAAGCGGCAGGAUACUCCUGCGAUAGCACCCAAUGCCGGCUUCCCCACUGCAACUGCGCCAGUACGAGUCCGCCUGGUGGGCUAAGUCCAGCGGAUACCCCCCAAUUUAUCGUCUUCACUGCUGACGAUGCUAUUCAAUCCUACACCCUCGAUUCUGUGAACCAGUUUCUCGCCCAGAGACAGAAUCCCAAUGGUUGCCGUCCCAAGAUGACCUACUACACGUCACUCAGUUAUACAAAUUACACGCUGGUGACAGAUUGGUAUGUCGCCGGCAACGAAAUUGCAGAUCACACGAUGACGCACGUCGGGAGUCCGCCAGACAACGAAGUCGAUGGGAAUUUGAUCGCUCUAAACGCUCUUGCUGGGAUUCCCUUGGCAUCCAUUAAAGGGUUCCGUGCUCCGUUCCUAAAUUACUCAGUCGAUACCCUUCGACACCUUGCGGAUGCUGGCUUCACAUAUGAUUCUAGUGCAUCUGCGUCGAUACCUGUUUCUGACCCCAACACCGAUGCAUACUGGCCUUACACUUUGGAUUAUGGCAUGGCCAACAACUGUCUGAUGGUAGAGAAUACGUGCAAGGGACAACCCAAGCUUCCUGGCUUCUGGGAGAUUCCAAUGUACGCCAUGUUUGAUGACAGAGGUGUUAGCGGACCGCACUUGAUGGAUCCUUGGUUGGACGUCGCGAAUGGCAAUAGUCAGCCGAAUGAUACUGCUACGCUGGAAUUUAUGAAGAAUACGUUCAACGCGCACUACAAUGGUAAUCGGCAACCGUUUGGAUUAUAUACUCAUCCUAUUCAUCUCGCUGAAAACUACCCUGGAGUCGCGUCCCCUACUUCAACUAUUAAUAUGAUCAACGAAUUCCUCGACUGGGCCCAAGAACAGCGGAAUGUCUGGAUUGUGUCUAGCGAACAGCUCCUUGCUUGGGUCCAGCUCCCGAAACCGAUCUCGGACUUGAACGACCUUGAUGCCCUGAAAUGUUCCACGCCUGAUGUAGACCCCUCGUUACAGAUCUGCAACGGUAUCCCGCAGAACGAGCAAGGUUUGUUGAGUCACUGUGCAUUCUCUGAUUUCCCCUUCUUCACCUGUUAUGGCUGUCCUGAGGUGGAACCGACCCCGGAAAACCCGAAUCCUCCCCAGGUCGUACCUAGCGGUGGAAAUGCUCGUUUCCGACUUCCAGCAAAUUGUUCUACACCCUUCUGGGAUCCAAUCAAGGGCGAGUGUCUUUGUUCAUCUGACACAUGCUUAUUCACCGAUGAUUCGAGAUCCAUUGGGCCUAAUGGGGCGAAUCUCACUGGCGGUGGGACGGGAGGAACUGCGACUACGAGUGCGACAGCGAUUGCGACUACCACUGCGUAUAUCCCAUUCAAUGGAGCUUUACCUUCGUUACCCCCGGGUGUGAUGCCCGCUAUUGUUUUAGGGUUGAUUGGAACCGUGAUGGGUACCUUUGGGGUCCUGGCUCGAGCGUGA